GGCUGAGACUCGCCCCCUCGGACACACUGCGCAGAUCCCAGGGGGGUUGCGUCUCUCCGGCAGCCGGGCUCUCUGGGGCCAUGGGGCGCCCUGGGGCAGGACACGGGGCGCCGGCGGCGGCACUGCUGGCAAUCCUGGCUUCUGCUCUGCUGAUCCCAGAGACCGGCUCCCUGCGCUGUCACAGCCACAGCUCCGUCCUGCUCCGCGACCGGGGGGGUAAACGCCUCCACAGCAUCAUCACCCACAAUGGCACCGAGUCCUGCGCCCCGGCCCACAGCGCCUGCAUGGAAGCUGCCGUCACCCUCAGCGCAGGGGGCAUGUCCGUGACUCUGAUCCAAAGGGGGUGCAGAGCUGGACACCCCAAGGGAGGGACCGAACCCCCCGCUGCGCCCAGCCGAUUCCUCCACAUCCAGGCCGAUGUCCGCUACUGCCAGUCGGACCAGUGCAAUGCCAAGGGGCUGGGGCUGGGGAGCCCCGGCCAGGGCACAGCUCCGGCCCCCAGCGGCCCCACCCAGUGCUACGCCGGCCUGAGCCUCAGGCCCCAGCCCCACACUCUGGAGCGGGUGACGUGCGACGGUGACGACGCCCGCUGUUACCACGGCAACGGCACCCUCACAGCAGGGAACCUCGCGGUGCCCGUCUUCGUGUGGAGCUGCCAGGCCCCAUCCUGCGCCGUGCCCCCCAGCCGCCACGUCGGCCCCCUGCAGCUCAGCCAGGCCGGCGCCUGCUGCGCCGGCAGCUACUGCAACGGGCAGAGGGCCCUGGCACAGGUCUCCGUCCACCGCACCAUCUCCGUCGGCGACCACCCCCUCACCACCGCCACGGCCAGGAAAGACCACAAACACCCCGGGCGCAGCCACGGCACGGCGCCCACGGUGCCGCCCGACCCAGACGACCACACGGAGCCGCACUAUCCGGACCGAGACGUCACCAGCUACGACGACCGCACGGAGCCAGAUGAUCUGGAGCCAGACGGCAACGGCUACAACAGCACGGAGCUACCCGACCCCCACCCCAGCUACAAGGGGGCCCUGCCCCACAGCACCCGCCCCCGCCCCACCGAGCCCGGCAAGAAAAUCGGCUACCCCAAAUCCACCGUCCGCCCCGCCCAAAAUCGCCCUAAUCCCGGGGCCCACAGCUCCCAGGCGCCCGGCCUACGCCUCUGCCCCCUGCUGGUGGUGCUGGGAAUAGCCUGCCUGGGGCUGUGA